GGGUGGAAAUGACCGUGGAUCGAGCGUAUUCUCUGGCGGUAAAGGCAUAUUUUAUAGACAUGGAAUACAUUACCUCAUAAAUUUAGACGGAAGUUUACUCUGAUCCUGAUCUCUUACAAAAGUGGUAAACUUUUUGCAAAACUCUCGGAACGUAUUAAGUAGCCUAUUAUCAGCACGGUCAUUUCAACGUCCUAAAUCUGUGGGGGUACCCAGUAAAAACAGGAGUACGAUUUUUCCAUCUGCAAAAUGCCACGGAAUAGUAAGGACUCUGUCAUCCAGAAGAUAGCCAGGCAAGCAUAUGUCACGUUUAAAAACUUUAACGCGUCCGCUAUAGGGGACAACAAGACGCUUUUGGACAGUCAAGGUAAUCUUGUCAGCCUCCUCACUGAAAUCAGGGCUGCGGAUCUAAACAUUACUCCUAGGCAAUCGACAGACAGCAAACCGGACCGUACUCCGCCGGUCACGUACAUGCAUAUCUGCGAGACUGACGCCUUCAGUAUGGGGGUUUUUCUUCUGAAAAGCGGGGCGUCUAUUCCGUUGCACGACCACCCGGGGAUGAACGGGAUGUUAAAAGUUUUGUACGAACGACUCUUUGAGGCGGUCGAUCCUCCGGUCUACUGGUGAAUACUCAGAAGACAGCGGUCCAUGUAUCCUGACCCCUGAGCAGGACAACUUGCAUCAGAUAGACGCAGUGGAGGGACCUGCAGCCUUUCUUGAUAU